AUGUCUCGUGUCCACGCGAUAGUAUCGGCUCUCUUUGGGCUCGCCGCCGCAGAGACGGCCGUCGCCCCAGCAGCACCCGUUGCAGGCACCAUCUCCGGCCCCGUCAAUGUCACUUCUGAUAAUGCGCCCUCGGGCCAGCAGUACGAGCGCGAUGCAGGCUGGUUGGGCACGGUUGGGUCGAGGGUGUUCGUCAUGAACUUCGACACAAGCCUAUGCAACGCGGACGAGACGACCAACUGCACCUUCAUCGGGACCAACUCGUUCGCCGACGCGACGACCGUGGCCGCCGUGGUCACUGACCCGCCUGAGGCAGUCAAUCUGUGCAACACCGACGACCAGCUUGGGUGGGUCACCAAUGUGUGGGGAGUCAACGAUACCCACGGCAUCGGCUUCUUCCUCAACAUCACGCACGAUACCACCACCGGCGAGGAGUUGAACCAGGGCAGCUCCCCCGUCAUAUUCGACGUGUCAGAGGACACGCCUGUGUGCACUCGCAUCAACGAUGCCGUCGACUUUUGGACCGCAGACGCCAACCACGCCACGUACGGAAACGGGGGCUCCCUCACCGCCCUCGAUGGGUACAUGUACAUCUAUGCCAACCAGAAUAACGUCAUGUACCUGGCUCGUGUCCCCUUCAAUGUGGACGACGCCUCUGACCUAUCGUCCUACACGUACUGGAACGGCGACGACUUUGUGGCGGAUGAGUCUGAGGCUGUCGGCAUCAUGGACGUUCUCGGCGGGUCCAUCUUCUACAGCAAUUUCCUCGAGAAAUAUGUCUGGCUCUCUGAGGGCCUUGGUUAUUCUGGUAUUUAUGCGUAUGUCUCAGACCUGCCUCAGGGGCCCUUCAGCAAUGGUACUCUGUUGUUUACGGAUCCCUCCCGGGGAGGCACCUAUGCGCCGUUCGCCAUGACAAACUACGACGCGACGGGUGCGACUGUCAAGAUUGUGUACUCUGUGGUUGACAACCUGUCGCAAAGGGUGAGGACGGUGACUUGGAAUUAA